UGGUGUGGGUGCAGCUCUUCGCAACAGGAACUCUGGAGAGCUUUCCUUCUCAGUGAGGGGCAGAUGGACUCCAACAUCUUACUUGUUCUUGGUGGAAAUGAGUUGCACCUUCCAGUCCUGGGUGAAAGACAGCUAUUUGAAAGAGCAGUAAGAGUCAUGCAGACGAGUCCUGAGAGGGUAAACCUCUGGAUCCAUUGGAAUAGGAAAAAUCAAGUCUGCCCAGCUCUGAGGAAGGCCCUCUUAGAGGCUUUGCCUUUUAUUAACAAACUCAGGUUCAGGAAUUCCUCCACAGACGCAGGUUCUGAGGAUCAGGAACAAGACGGUGGGACAGUGGAGAGGGAAGAAAAUAAGCUGUUACUAGAUUUAUGUCUGGAAGCAGCACUUGAUGAGACAAAAGACUUUCACAGAGCAGUUGAUAUGCUGCUGUCAUUGUUCUCUCUUAAAGCUGAGAGAUACAACAUCCUUAUCGAUUUCUACCAGCAUGUCAAGAGUCAAGAAAGUGCAAGUGGUGUUUCAGAGGAGAGGCUACAGAUGCUGCUGUGCCAGGCAGCUCCUGGAGGCUGGACAAUAGAUCUCUCAGAGGGAAGGUCCUCUCUCCUCUUGGAAGUGCUGAUUAUCCAACCAGAGAGGAAACUGAUAGAAUUAAGGAGAUGGUCAGGAGAAGAGAGUGAAGUGUGGACCUUCCUGGAGUGUCUGCCUUACAUCUCACAGCUCAGUUUCGUGCCUCAGUUGUCAAACUUCUCAGAACAAACCAGGUUCUUGGUGAAUCUGUUCUGUCAAGCAGCAGAGAGGGAACAGCAGAGAGAGAAGAUCCUGGAGCUGCUAUCAUCAGUGUGCAGUUAUGAAACAUUCCCUCUCAAAGACCAAGUGGACGAUGAUGAGGAGGAGGAUAUAGAAGACCAUAAUGCCUACCAGUGUGAUUUCCGGCUGGAGCUGUACUGCCAUGUGAAGGACUAUGAGACUCAAACUGGCAGCAGAGUCCUUCCAGCAUUACAGCCAGUUUUCCAGUCAGCUCCUGCAGUCUGGACCAUCGACCUGUCAAAGAGAAAGGCCUCUGUCCUCCUGGAAGUGCUGAAGCUCCAAUCAGGAAAGAAACCAGUUGAGCUGAGAGGCUGGUCAGAUGAAGAGAGUGAAGUGUGGAGUUUCCUGAAGUGUCUGCCUUACAUGUCAGAGCUCAGUUUCACUCGUCAGUGGUCAACACACUCUGGACAAGCCCAAAUCUGUGGGAAUCUGUUCUGUCGAGCAGCAGAGAGGGAACAGCAGACAGGAGAGAAGAUCCUGGAGCUGCUAUCAUCAGUGUGCAGUUAUGAAACAUUCCCUCUCAAAGAAUACGGGUUCAUACUACAUGCAAGUUUUAAUUUUAAGGAUAUUAAAUACCAGUGUGACUUCCUGCUGGAGCUGUACUCCCAUGUGAAGGACUAUGAGACUCCAACAGGCAGCAGAGUCCUUCAAGCAUUACAGCCAGUUUUCCAGUCAGCUCCUCCAGUCUGGACCAUCGACCUGUCAGAGAGAAAGGCCUCUGUCCUCCUGGAAGUGCUGAAGCUCCAAUCAGGAAAGAAACCAGUUGAGCUGAGAGGCUGGUCAGAUGAAGAGAGUGAAGUGUGGAGUUUCCUGAAGUGUCUGCCUUACAUGUCACAGCUCAGUUUUGCGAAGUGUGUGAACCGCUCAGAACAAACCAGGUUCUUGGUGAAUCUGUUCUGUCGAGCAGCAGAGAGGGAACAGCAGACAGGAGAGAAGAUCCUGCAGCUGCUAUCAUCAGUGUGCAGUUAUGAAACAUUCCGUUAUGGUUUUUACGAAAAAAACUACCAGUGUGAUUUCCUGCUGGACCUGUACUCCCAUGUGAAGGACUAUGAGACUCAAACAGGCAGGAGAGUCCUUCCAGCAUUCCAGCCAGUUUUCCAGUCAGCUCCUGCAGUCUGGACCAUCGACCUGUCAGAGAGAAAGGCCUCUGUCCUCCUGGAAGUGAUGAAGCUCCAAUCAGGAAAGAAACCAGUUGAGCUGAGAGGCUGGUCAGAUGAAGAGAGUGAAGUGUGGAGUUUCCUGAAGUGUCUGCCUUACAUGUCAGAGCUCAGUUUCAGUCCUGAGUGGCUAAGACACUCAGAACCAGCCCAAAUCUGUGGGAAUCUCUUCUAUCGAGCAGCAGAGAGGGAAAAGCAGACAGGAGAGAAGAUCCUGGAGUUGCUAUCAUCAGUGUGCAGUUAUAAAACAUUCCCUCUCAAAGACCUAGCAAAUUAUCACGGUGAGGAUAAUAAAUACCAGUGUGAGUUCCUGCUGAACCUGUACUCCCAUGUGAAGGACUAUGAGACUCAAACAGGCAGCAGAGUCCUUCCAGCAUUACAGCCAGUUUUCCAGUCAGCUCCUGCAGUCUGGACCAUCAACCUGUCAGAGAGAAAGGCCUCUGUCCUCCUGGAAGUGAUGAAGCUCCAAUCAGGAAAGAAACCAGUUGAGCUGACAGGCUGGUCCGAUGAAGAGAGUGAAGUGUGGAGUUUCCUGAAGUGUCUGCCUUACAUGUCACAGCUCAGUUUCACUCGUCAUUGGCCAGAACUGUCAGAACAAACCAGGUUCUUGGUGAAUCUCUUCUGUCGAGCAGCAGAGAGGGAACAGCAGACAGGAGUGAAGAUCCUGGAGCUGCUAUCAUCAGUGUGCAGUUACCAAACAUUCCCUCUCAAAGACCUAGCAGAUUAUUAUGGUGAGGAUAAUAAAUACCAGUGUGAUUUCCUGCUGGACCUGUGCUCCCAUGUGAAGGACUAUGAGACUCAAACAGGCAGCAGAGUCCUUCCAGCAUUCCAGCCAGUUUUCCAGUCAGCUCCUGCAGUCUGGACCAUCGACCUGUCAGAGAGAAAGACCUCUGUCCUCCUGGAAGUGAUGAAGCUCCAAUCAGGAAAGAAACCAGUUGAGCUGAGAGGCUGGUCAGAUGAAGAGAGUGAAGUGUGGAGUUUCCUGAAGUGUCUGCCUUACAUGUCACAGCUCAGUUUCACUCGUCAGUGGUCAGCAAACUCUGGACAAGCACAAAUCUGUGGGAAUCUGUUCUGUCGAGCAGCAGAGAGGGAACAGCAGACAGGAGAGAAGAUCCUGGAGCUGCUAUCAUCAGUGUGCAGUUACGAAACAUUCCCUCUUAACGUCCUAGCAGGUGAUGAUUUUUACAAAAAUGACUACCAGUGUUAUUUCCUGCUGGACCUGUACUCCCAUGUGAAGGACUAUGAGACUCAAACAGGCAGCAGAGUCCUUCCAGCAUUACAGCCAGUUUUCCAGUCAGCUCCUGUGUUCUGGAUCAUGUACCUGUCAGAGAGAAAGGCCUCUGUCCUCCUGGAAGUGAUGAAGCUCCAAUCAGGAAAGAAACCAGUUGAGCUGACAGGCUGGUCAGAUGAAGAGAGUGAAGUGUGGAGUUUCCUGAAGUGUCUGCCUUACAUGUCACAGCUCAGUUUCAGUCCUCUGUGGUCAACACACUCAGAACAAGCCCAAAUCUGUGGGAAUCUCUUCUGUCGAGCAGCAGAGAGGGAACAGCAGACAGGAGAGAAGAUCCUGGAGCUGCUAUCAUCAGUGUGCAGAUAUGAAACAUUCCCUCUCAAAGACCGAGGAGAUUAUUAUGAUGAGGAUAAUAAAUAUCAGUGUUAUUUCCUGCUGAACCUGUACUCCCAUGUGAAGGACUAUGAGACUCAAACAGGCAGCAGAGUCCUUCCAGCAUUCCAGCCAGUUUUCCAGUCAGCUCCUCCAGUCUGGACCAUCGACCUGUCAGAGAGAAAGGCCUCUGUCCUCCUGGAAGUGAUGAAGCUCCAAUCAGGAAAGAAACCAGUUGAGCUGAGAGGCUGGUCAGAUGAAGAGAGUGAAGUGUGGAGUUUCCUGAAGUGUCUGCCUUACAUGUCACAGCUCAGUUUCACUCGUCACUCGUCAACACACUCAGGACCAGCUGAAAUCUGUGGGAAUCUCUUCUGUCGAGCAGCAGAGAGGGAACAGCAGACAGGAGAGAAGAUCCUGGAGCUGCUAUCAUCAGUGUGCAGAUAUGAAACAUUCCCUUAUCGUUUUAACAAAAAUAAAUACCAGUGUGAUUUCCUGCUGCAGCUGUACUCCCAUGUGAAGGACUAUGAGACUCAAACAGGCAGCAGAGUCCUUCCAGCAUUACAGCCAGUUUUCCAGUCAGCUCCUCCAGUCUGGACCAUCGACCUGUCAGAGAGAAAGGCCUCUGUCCUCCUGGAAGUGAUGAAGCUCCAAUCAGGAAAGAAACCAGUUGAGCUGACAGGCUGGUCAUAUGAAGAGAGUGAAGUGUGGAGUUUCCUGAAGUGUCUGCCUUACAUGUCACAGCUCAGGUGUGAUCUGGAGUUCUUCCACUUUGUGUGUACGUCUGUCUCUGUGAGAUCAACAGAGGUGGCCCAGCUGGCCUCUCUCCUGAGGCUCAUGGGUUUCACUCUGGUGCUAACAGGAGAGUUACCCAGGAAAACCUGCCGGUCUGUGGGUCGAGUUCUGGGACUCUGUGGCUCCAGUGUGGAUCUCAUCCUCACACCCAGCAAGAUCUCUCUGAAAGGAGCCUCCCUCAUCUUUAGACAUACAGCACAAUUACACAGUCUUAGACUGUCUGAAAGCACGGCAUUGUUACUGUGUCGACUGGCAAGCACACAAAAAGUGGCCAAUCCAGUAUGCAUUGAGGAGCUUUCUCUUGUCCUCAAAACGUCAUCACAGCGAGUAUUGAUGAGAGCUGUCAGUAGUGUGGCGUCCCUCCUGAGAUACUGGGCAGUCAAAUGUUUGGACCUGACCGAAGUUUGUAUUCCUGCUCACAAUCUCAUGACACUGCUGCUUCACCGUGAUCCUCUAACAAUCAAACUGAGUGUGCAGUGUGUUCAGCAGCUGACUGUACUCAUACAUGAGAUCCAGGACAAAGACUUGACUCAGUCUUUCUUGAGUAAAGUGGGUGGAGACCUGACCUCCUGCUCUCUAGACUGGGAAUUACUUCACUAUUUGCUACAGCACUCAUCAACUCAGAGCAUCACUGUGGACAUGAGGAAGAGCAAGAUCUCAGAGAAGAGCAUCAUAAAUCUUCUUCCCUUUCUGGACAGGAUUGUGUUUAAAAGGCCCAGCCCCAGCUUUGUGUUGUCUGCCAUCAGGGAGAGCUACAGAACUCAUGCCAGGCACUGUAUACCCAGUUUACUGAAGUCAUUAGCCCAUGUCAUCAGCCUGACCUGCAGAGAACUGGACACAGUGGACUGUGCUGCUCUGCUCUUCAUCCUCAAACACAGCGAUGGAGUCAAACUCAACCUGCUGUGGACCUCCAUCCCACAAGGAGAAAUACAGGCCCUCCUGCUCACACUGGAGAACAUCUCUCAUCUCAGUGUUGACAGGAAUCUGCUGCUGAGGUUGCUGCAGGGUUGCACUGCCUCUGGGGUCCAACAGGGGGCAGCAGCAGCAGGUCUGCUGAGGACCCUGCAGCACAGGCUGGAUCUGUCCUGCUCCUCCCGUGAUGAGCUGUCAGUGCAGGAGCACAGGGAGACUCUGUGUCUGGGAGCUGGAGACUGCAGGGCAAUCUCCACUGUCCUGAGCUACAGCAGCCAGGAGACACUGCUCAGCCUACAAGACUGUGAGGUGGAGGACAGUGGACUGGAGCUGCUGUUUCCUGUCCUCAACAAAGUCCACCUGAGCACUAGCAAAGCCGUCCUCGUCCAGAUGGUGUCCCAGGUGCCGGUGGGCAGUGAAAGGGACACAGCAAUACGAGCACAGUCCCUGUGUCGAGCCCUGGGUGGAGAGCUGGACCUCAGUGAGACCACAUUGGAUCAGAGGGCGUGUGACGCUCUGGUCUGGAUACUGGACUUUUCUGAGGGGCUGACAAAACUUAACCUCAGUCACUGUCAACUCACAGACCAGCUCCUGCACACACUGAUCCCACAUUUGCACAAAGUACAAGACCUGGAUGUGAGUCACAAUAAGAUCACUGAUGCUCUGACUGACAGAUUACUCCAGCUGGUCUCCAUCAACACCUCCAUCACUGUGCGAGUCUUCAGCAAUAAUAUCAUGGACAGAACCCCCUUUCUGAAUGACAAACGAAAUGAAAUGUGGUGAACCGACAGAGGGAAGUGGACAAAUGUUUCAAAAUGCUCAAACACGGUGUUAUUGUGGAGCGUAUGAACUUUAUAUUUUAAUGUAACCUCAUGACAGCCAUCAUCCUCAUCAGUGUCAUGGUUACAUGACACAAUAAUGUUUUGUGGCUGGCAACACAGUCCAGUGUAACUGUGACCAUUUUACACUUUUUUCGUGUCAGAAUUUA